UGAAUUUCUCAGGCGCGGUCAAGGCUAAAUUAAAGAAAAAGGGCAGGGCACAGCCUUGUUGGAGAGAUCAGAUCGCACCUAUCUUUUGCCUUUUAGGCAAUCCUUUUUUAAGACAUUGUUCAGGAGGGUUACGCGUUUUUUCCUGUGACACUCCACCCUGUCAGGAAGAAGCACCUCUCUCGUUAAGAAUUUCGCAUUUGGUGUGUGCACCACUUUGCAUUGAGCGGGGAAGUGGAGAAAGGACUUUGCUCAGCCCGCUGCAGGGGCUCCGGUGUAGCCCACCAACAGCUUGGAAGACAAAAUGACCACCGAGCAAGGAGCUACACGGACCCUGAAGGUGUCUCUGGAGUCUGUGCUGAAACAGAGAAUGAAAGCGGAGGAGCCCAAUCCGGCCGAAAUGGAGGAAGAAGCUGGAAGAGGCCGAACUUCCAUCCAGGCGGUGAGCACGAAGGGAUUCUGGGAAAGAAAAGGCUCUGGCCACCUGAAAUGGAAGCCGCUGAGGGGGCUGCCGCAGCCGUGGGAAGCCCAGCUGCAGGAUUUCCUGAAAUCGAUGGAGUCUUCCCACUCGCAAGGGAGGGACCCGCAUCAAAGCACCUUGGCAUUAAGGGACGGGGCCCCUUCUGAGGGCUCGGUGGACCCCCGGCCACACCUGAGGAGGGCAAAACAGAUGCAGCUCCCCACAAGCUCUGGCAAGGAACCUCAAGAGCUGGAGGACGGCCAGCUGGGCAAGGACACCGGGGCCUGUGGGAAGGUGAAGGAGGAGAUCCUGGAAGAGGAAGGCGUCAGCCUCGACCUCCAACGCCAGCGCUUCAGGCAGUUCGGCUUUCGGGAGGCUGAGGGGCCCCGGCAGGUCUGUAACCGUCUCCGGGAGCUUUGUCACCAGUGGCUGAAACCGGAGAGGCACAGCAAGGAGCAGAUGCUGGAGCUGGUGAUCCUGGAGCAGUUCCUGGCUGUCCUGCCCCCGGAGAUGCAGAGCUGGGUCAAGGACUGCUGUCCAGAGACCUGUGCCCAAGUGGUAGACCUGGCCGAGGGUUUCCUGCUGAGCCAGGGAGAGGGCAAGAAACACACAGGAAAGGAGUCACUUUCCAAGGUGGGGCAGGCCCCACCGGAAGCCUUGCGAAGCUCUCUCUUCAGCGAGAUCAAACAAGAGGCCAACAAAGAUGCCACCUCACUGGUCCAAUCCGCAGUUGCCUUCUGCUCUGUCUUCAGCCGGCCUUCCUUUAUACCAAAAGAAAAUUUCCGAAGUCCACAGCGCUGUAAUAUUGUUCAUGUCUUGAGAGAGCCCAUCGGCAGGAGAAAACGCAGCCGGGCCAGCCCGAGGAUCCAGAACUGUUUGCAGCGUUGCCCAAAGAGGCCGACAGGAAUGCUGCCUGUCGUCGUGGCCGAGUGGAAGCGUCUGAGAGCCUUCGUGGAAAGAAUCCAGAAGUACAAGGGGGGAAAUUCAUUAAUUCUCAGGGUGGAUAUGAAGAUCUGGAGGACAACGGAGCACAGCAGCCAGUGAUCCUCAAGGCUGGAAGGGAAAAUGUAGGACUUCCACUGGGGGAAGUUCUCAGACUGAGAUCUGAUCUCAUUGUGCAUGAAAGAU